UCAAGAAGGAACUCACCGUCAAUCUCAUCAUCGCCUGCGCACUCUUCUCUAAAGUUUAUCUGUGUUACAACCAACGGGGCAAAGGACUUGGAGGCAGCCGUGGUGCAGAAAGAAAAAUGAGUUCUACAGAACGCAAUGAACAAGGGCUCGAAAUGAACGGGAUUGCAAGGGAUCAAAAUGGGAGGACUGGAACAAGGGAGAUUCAAGAUAAACCUGCACUACAGAAAGUUGUCACGGUGGUCCGGAUUGUGAUCACCCACAUUUUUUCCAUGCUGGUUCUGGCAGUGAUGUUGUGGGCUUAUGUCAAGGGCUUCAAGCUGUCCAGUUCUUUGUUCAACAUUGUCUCCUUUGGCUUCUAUGGUCUCGUCCUGGGCUUCCAUAUCCUCAUCCAGAGUCUUUUUGCCUUUGUGGAGCACCGACGUAUGAAUGCACGGCAUGAACCUUGUACCUACAGGAAAACUAUUGGCCUCACUAUCUCCGCCUACCAGGAAGACCCUGCCUAUCUGAGAGAGUGUCUUAAUUCUAUACGUGGUCUUGCAUAUCCACCUGAGCUCCUGAAGAUCAUCAUGGUCGUGGAUGGCAACACAGAAGAUGACCGCUACAUGAUGGAAAUGUUCAGGGAGGUGUUUGCUGAUAAGAAUCCUGCCUGCUAUGUGUGGGACAACAAUUAUCACACAUGGGACCCCGACAAGCAGACCAACAGUUUGCCAGCAGAGGAUGCUGGCAUGGAAAUUGGAGGGGAAGAUCCUCAGAGAAACGUGGUGGAAGAUUUGAUCAAUAGCAAAACGUGUGUCUGCAUAAUGCAAAAGUGGGGCGGUAAGAGGGAAGUGAUGUACACGGCCUUCAAAGCAUUGGGGACAUCAGUGGAUUACGUCCAGGUGUGUGAUUCAGACACCAAAUUAGACCCUUUAGCUACAGUGGAACUUUGCAAGGUGUUGGAGAGCAAUGAAAAAUAUGGAGCAGUUGGGGGUGAUGUGAUGAUCCUCAAUUUGAAAGACUCCUACAUUAGUUUCAUGAGCAGUCUCAGAUACUGGAUGGCCUUUAAUGUUGAGAGAUCCUGCCAGUCUUUCUUCAACUGUGUGUCCUGCAUCAGCGGUCCGCUAGGUCUCUAUCGAAACGAUCUCCUUCAGGAGUUUCUGGAGUCCUGGUACAACCAGAAGUUCCUGGGCACACACUGCACCUUUGGGGAUGAUCGACACCUCACAAAUCGUAUGCUGAGCCUGGGCUACGCCACAAAGUGA